UAAUUUCUCGAUGUUUAUAGGACCUAAUCAAAAAAAAAACUCGAGAAAUAAAUCAAGAUUGAAACUGCAAAAUUACGGUGCACUAAUCACAUUUAUAACGUGAACAUCAUAAUCCCGGAAGAUGGCUUACUACAAGGGCGCGGCCAGCGAGGGUGGCCGAGCGAUGCAGCUGAUGAAGAAGCGAGAAAUUGCCCAACAGGAGAUCGAGUUCCGGAAGAAGAAAAUCGAGGAAGACCUGAAGGUCAGCAACAUCGAGAGUAAAUUCGCCACCCACUACGAUGCCGUGGAACAGCAGCUUAAAACGUCGACCAUCGGGUUGGUCACGCUGGACGAGAUGAAGCAAAAGCAGGAGGACAUUGUCCGCGAGCGAGAGAAAAAGCUUGCCCAAAAGAAGGAGGAAAAGGACCGCGAGAACCUUCGCGCGCUGGAAGCGAAACAGGCCGAAAAGGAUCGCCAGAAGCGGCAGAUUCAGGCAUUGUCGUUUAAUCCGGAUGACGACGAGGGGGACGAUGAUGGCGACAACGACGAGGAGGAUGAUGAGAAGGGGGAUGAGCAGGAAGAAGCGCUGGAGAUUAAGCCAAGAAAGUGGCAGACGGAGGGCACGGCAGAGCCGCGGAUUAAGAAAAUUCGAAAGAAUCCCGACGUGGACACGUCAUUCUUGCCCGAUCGUGAGCGCGAGGAAAUGGACAAUAAACUGAGGGAGGAAUUGCGGCAGGAGUGGGCGACCAAGCAGGCUACACUUAAGGAUCAGGAGAUUGCAAUCACGUUCAGUUACUGGGACGGUUCCGGCCAUCGGAAGUGUGUCACGAUGAAAAAGGGCAACUCGAUCUACCAGUUUUUGCAGAAAUGUUUGGAAAUGCUGCGGAAGGAGUUUAGCGAGCUGAAAACCGUUAUGGCCGAUCAGCUGAUGUACGUGAAGGAGGAUUUGAUUUUGCCGCACCAUUACACGUUCUACGAUUUUAUUGUGACGAAGGCGCGCGGUAAAAGUGGGCCGCUGUUUAAUUUUGAUGUCAAGGAUGACAUCCGUAUGAUCAGCGAUGCCACCGUCGAGAAGGAGGAAUCCCACGCCGGUAAAGUGUUGUUGCGAUCCUGGUACGAGCGGAACAAGCACAUCUUUCCUGCCUCCCGGUGGGAACCGUAUGAUCCGACAAAGGUCUACGACAAGUACACCAUCAAGGACAAGUGCAAGAAGUAAUCAUUAUUUAUCAUCAUUAACAAUAAUAAAACAGACGAUUAGUUGUAUUUAA